AUGCCAUCCGGGAAGGAAGAAACCCACUCGAAGAACAUCGACCACCGCUCGUCGGGGACCAGACUGACCGGGGACUGUCAGAAGCUGACCUGCGUCGCUGAGCGCGGUCCACGCUCCGGUGAGGAGGCUACAACAACUCGGCGAUUUUUGGUCUUAGGGUUUUAUGAGAUUUUGGGGAUACUAGGCCUCAGGCAGUGGUCGAGUUUUGUGUUUUUAGUUGUGUUUCUUUGUUUGGUAUCUCUGUGCUUAGUGGUUAUCCGUGUAUUGAGUAGCAGGCUUCUGCGUGGCUUUGCGGCUGUUGCCUCUUUUCAUAAUUAUAAUCAAGCUAAAUAA